AUGACUCCAAGAAUCACUCCCGAGACUACCCAGCUUGUCCCCUCAAGGUCCACGGUGGCCCAGAGGAAAGAAGCGAACGAACUGAGAAAGACUCUAAAGCCUUUGUUGGAAAAGAAAAGGCGCGCACGCAUCAACGACAGCCUCGGUCACUUGAAGACUCUCAUCCUCCCUCUGGUCGGCAAAGACAACGCUCCAUACUCGAAGCUUGAGAAAGCCAAUAUUCUGGAGAUGACCGUCCGAUUCCUCCGAGAUCUCCCUUCAUCUCCAGUCAAAAGUUCAUCAGACAGCUACAAAGAAGGGUACAAAGCCUGCCUGCAGCGCGUUACCGCUCUGAUCCCCAAAACAAACCUGGACAAAGACUCGUGUCAGCGGGUGAACGACUUCAUCCAGCAGUCCAUGUCAGCGUCCGUCGACCCAGCUUGUCAGAACUGUUGCGCCCAGAGCUCCAGGGCUUUCCCCCAGAUUCAGCAGAGACUCCUGAGCCUCAAAGCCAACGUUGGCGCCAGAAUCGAGAACCACUCGAACUCGCUUCCCAACCGGCCCCAGCCAGUGCCACAAGCUGUCAAUGCUAACAUGUGGAGACCCUGGUAG